AUGAUCCAAGGUGCUUCAGUUAACAGCUUGACAGCAUCUGCAAGUGGCAGAAGCUGUGGACCAGCUGCACCUUGGCAGCGUGAUUCUAGGGUUCGUAGAGGGAUCAGUGGGAACUUUUGGAUUGGUGGGCAAUCCCUUGGGAAGAAGUGUCUCCCUCAAUUUUUCUCCCUGAGAUCUCACGGUUCAAGGCAAGCAACUCUGAAGGUCAACGCCACAUGGCUGUUCAAUCAGAGUAGGGGCGAUAUGGAUGCUAAUUCCGAGCGCAGUGAGAGUGCCAAUGAGGACAUCUUGAUUUUCUUCUUUCAGUUAGACCUGCAGACUCGAAUCCAGGUGGGUUACCUUCUUGACACCCCUCUUUAAUUUUUUAUAUGCCAAAGAAAUUGUCUUUUUUUUUCUAUGAAAGAUUAUGCUAAGAUAUAUUCCAUGUUGCAGUAUGCCCUAAACAUGGAGCAGUAUGAUGUUGCUCAGCAGCUGAGGAACAAGCUGGCUGAGGUAGUAUUCUGGUGAUCGAAUGAAAGGUUCAUUCUUCUCGAGUGAUUUCCCUGAUAAAUGGUCUGAUUUUCUUGGAAGGUCGAAACAGAGAUCAUAAACAAACGGGAAAUUAACAGGGGAUCAUCCUCAAAGAAUGAGGCUCAAGAUAAAGCUAUUAAUCUCCUAUGCCUGCGGUAAGAUCCAUCUCUUCCGCCUCACAGCAGGGCAUAGAUAUGAUGUUUCAUGAAGCUUCUGAUUAUACCUUUGACCCUUAUGAAGUUUCAUUGCUUUCAUAUCUCGACCUGCAGUGCGGAUCUACAGAAGGCAAUUGAGGACGAAAACUACACUCUAGCAGCUGACUUGCGCGACGAAAUUUCCAAGAUCGAGGUAAAAAAAUGUAGGCUUACUGCGGUUUAUUUCGCCAUCUUUCUUGCUGAUUAUAAGGCGUCAUCUAUUGAUGAUAAUAUUUCAGUUUCUUAGUGCAGGCAGAGUCCCUGGCUGCCUCAGCGAAAGCUCUUGCGUACGAAAAUUUACGGUACUCAUUUCGACUUGGGCAGAAACUGAAGCACAAGAUAUUUGGUACUAGUCCUUCUCCCUUCAUUUACCGCAUUUUUUUCUUUCUUUUCAUGGGUCUGUGAAUCUCAUGGAAGAAUUUUAGAUGGAUAUUAGGCAGCCCUAAAUUAUGAUAAAUUAAUGCACAGGAAAAUAUUAAUUCCAUUUUGUUUUUCUAGGCUACCAGGCUGUGGUCUGUGGGAUGGAUCCAGUUUGCUGUGAAACAAGCUCAUGGAUGGAGACUGCACGAGUUGAUAAGUUGAUCAAAGGCCCUAAUCAACCCUUUUAUCAGGUUAUCCAUUCUAGUCCAACGAUCCCCUGUUCUAUUUGCAGAUUCUUCUCUGAUUUUAUGCGUUUUAUGAGUCUUCCCUCGGAUUGUGGGAAGAAUUCUCAAUGGGCUGUUGGCAAUUUUUCUAUCUCAACUACCAGCAGCUGAUUUUUAUUCAUUACAGGUUCUGGUUGAUGUUAAUGCAGACCCAGACUUGCUUGUGGCAUAUGGUAUGAUUCAGCUGUGCUGUUAAAAUUUGCUUUCUCUCUCUCUCUCUCUCUCUCUCUCUCUCUCUCUCUCUCUCUCUCUCUCUCUCUCUCGGCUUGCUGCAAAUCCUUGGUAAUCGGCGAAGAAUAUGUGGUGAUGGGUAGUUGUUAAAACGUCUCAAGACAUUAUUACAUUUUUUUGGAUUAACGAUUCUGUUGGUUCCUCUAAGCGCCUGCUGCUGCUAAGAAUCUACCACCCCUGCCCUUGCAGUUGCAGAAGAGAACCUGCUGGCCGAGGAUCUGUCGGGCAUGGUGAGUGAUGAGAAACCUUGGCUUAUAUGAAUAGUUUUUGCUGCUUCAUGCAUCCCUCUACCAGAAUGGAAGAGAACUUAAGCUGUGCUGGUUUACAGGGAAGGUUCGAUCACCCAUACGUUUCCUUCUUGUUCUACGGGGUGGACUCUGCCGGGGACUUCAUCCCCGUCAAGCAGCUUCGUGAGAAGUACAAGAGGCCACGCUACGAAGUGCCGGUGGACGCCAGCAGCGACCCCGACGAGGAAGGAGAAGAUCCCUGA